AUGAAACAGAAAAGAAAAAAAGAUAGAAGAGCAAGUCACAGUAACGGAAGAAGUUGUAAAGGCAAAGUACCAAAAAAAAUAAUAAAAAAGAAAAUUAUAAAACGUAAAGGAAAGAAGCAACAAGUAACCGAAGAAGUUACUGUCGAAGAGAAAGGAAAAUCUCCUGUAACAACGAUUACAGAGGGACCAGUAGAAGAAAUUGUUGAAGAAACAAUUAUGCCUUUACCGCAACCUGAAUUUGCGAAACCUGUCGAAGAAGAGGAGAUAAGAGAGCAAGUCACAGUAACGGAAGAAGUUGUGGAAGGCAAAAAACCGAAGAAAGUAACAAAGAAAAAAAUUAUAAAACGUAGAGGCCAAACACAGCAAGUAACGGAAGAAAUAACUGUCGAGGAGAAAGGAAAAUCUCCUGUGACAACGAUUACAGAGGGACCUGUAGAAGAAAUUGUUGAUGAAACAGUUUUACCUUUACCGCAACCUGAAUUUGUGAAACCUGUCGAAGAAGAGGAGAUAAGAGAGCAAGUCACAGUGGAAGUUGUGGAAGGCAAAAAACCGAAGAAAAUAAUAAAAAAGAAAAUUAUAAAACGUAGAGGAAAGAAACAACAAGUAACCGAAGAAGUUACUGUCGAAGAGAAAGGAAAAUCUCCUGUGACAACGAUUACAGAGGGACCUGUAGAAGAAAUUGUCGAAGAGACAAUUUUGCCUUUACCGCAACCUAAAUUUGCGAAACCUGUCGAAGAAGAAGAGAUAAGAGAACAAGUCACAGUGGAAGUUGUGGAAGGUAAAAAACCGAAGAAAAUAACAAAGAAGAAAAUAAUAAAACGUAGAGGCCAAACACAGCAAGUAACGGAAGAAAUAACUGUUGAGGAGAAAGGAAAAUCUCCUGUGACAACGAUUACAGAGGGACCAGUAGAAGAAAUUGUCGAAGAGACAAUUUUGCCUUUACCGCAAUCUGAAUUUGCGAAACCUGUCGAAGAAGAGGAGAUAAGAGAGCAAGUCACAGUAACGGAAGAAGUUGUGGAAGGCAAAAAACCGAAGAAAGUAACAAAGAAGAAAAUUAUAAAACGUAGAGGCCAAACACAGCAAGUAACGGAAGAAAUAACUGUCGAGGAGAAAGGAAAAUCUCCUGUGACAACGAUUACAGAGGGUCCUGUAGAAGAAAUUGUUGAUGAAACAGUUUUACCUUUACCGCAACCUGAAUUUGUGAAACCUGUCGAAGAAGAGGAGAUAAGAGAGCAAGUCACAGUAACGGAAGAAGUUGUGGAAGGCAAAAAACCGAAGAAAGUAACAAAGAAAAAAAUUAUAAAACGUAGAGGCCAAACACAGCAAGUAACGGAAGAAAUAACUGUCGAGGAGAAAGGAAAAUCUCCUGUGACAACGAUUACAGAGGGUCCUGUAGAAGAAAUUGUUGAUGAAACAGUUUUACCUUUACCGCAACCUGAAUUUGUGAAACCUGUCGAAGAAGAGGAGAUAAGAGAGCAAGUCACAGUGGAAGUUGUGGAAGGCAAAAAACCGAAGAAAAUAAUAAAAAAGAAAAUUAUAAAACGUAGAGGAAAGAAACAACAAGUAACCGAAGAAGUUACUGUCGAAGAGAAAGGAAAAUCUCCUGUGACAACGAUUACAGAGGGACCUGUAGAAGAAAUUGUCGAAGAGACAAUUUUGCCUUUACCGCAACCUAAAUUUGCGAAACCUGUCGAAGAAGAAGAGAUAAGAGAGCAAGUCACAGUGGAAGUUGUGGAAGGUAAAAAACCGAAGAAAAUAACAAAGAAGAAAAUAAUAAAACGUAGAGGCCAAACACAGCAAGUAACGGAAGAAAUAACUGUUGAGGAGAAAGGAAAAUCUCCUGUGACAACGAUUACAGAGGGACCUGUAGAAGAAAUUGUCGAAGAGACAAUUUUGCCUUUACCGCAACCUAAAUUUGCGAAACCUGUCGAAGAAGAAGAGAUAAGAGAGCAAGUCACAGUGGAAUGUGGAAAUAAAAAACCGAAGAAAAUAACAAAGAAGAAAAUAAUAAAACGUAGAGGCCAAACACAGCAAGUAACGGAAGAAAUAACUGUUGAGGAGAAAGGAAAAUCUCCUGUGACAACGAUUACAGAGGGACCAGUAGAAGAAAUUGUCGAAGAGACAAUUUUGCCUUUACCGCAAUCUGAAUUUGCGAAACCUGUCGAAGAAGAGGAGAUAAGAGAGCAAGUCACAGUAACGGAAGAAGUUGUGGAAGGCAAAAAACCGAAGAAAGUAACAAAAAAGAAAAUUAUAAAACGUAGAGGCCAAACACAGCAAGUAACGGAAGAAAUAACUGUCGAGGAGAAAGGAAAAUCUCCUGUGACAACGAUUACAGAGGGUCCUGUAGAAGAAAUUGUUGAUGAAACAGUUUUACCUUUACCGCAACCUGAAUUUGUGAAACCUGUCGAAGAAGAGGAGAUAAGAGAGCAAGUCACAGUGGGUGUGGAAGGCAAAAAACCGAAGAAAAUAAUAAAAAAGAAAAUUAUAAAACGUAGAGGAAAGAACACACAAGUAACCGAAGAAGUUACUGUCGAAGAGAAAGGAAAAUCUCCUGUGACAACGAUUACAGAGGGACCUGUAGAAGAAAUUGUUGAAGAGACAAUUUUGCCUUUACCGCAACCUGAAUUUGCGAAACCUGUCGAAGAAGAGGAGAUAAGAGAGCAAGUCACAGUGGAAGUUGUGGAAGGCAAAAAACCGAAGAAUAAUAAAAAGAAAAUUAUAAAACGUAGAGGAAAGAAACAACAAGUAACGGAAGAAGUUACUGUCGAGGAGAAAGGAAAAUCUCCUGUGACAACGAUUACAGAGGGACCUGUAGAAGAAAUUGUUGAAGAAACAAUUUUGCCUUUACCGCAACCUGAAUUUGCGAAACCUGUCGAAGAAGAGGAGAUAAGAGAGCAAGUCACAGUGGAAGUUGUGGAAGGCAAAAAACCGAAGAAAAUAAUAAAAAAGAAAAUUAUAAAACGUAAAGGAAAGAAGCAACAAGUAACCGAAGAAGUUACUGUCGAAGAGAAAGGAAAAUCUCCUGUGACAACGAUUACAGAGGGACCUGUAGAAGAAAUUGUUGAAGAGACAAUUUUGCCUUUACCGCAACCUGAAUUUGCGAAACCUGUCGAAGAAGAGGAGAUAAGAGAGCAAGUCACAGUAACGGAAGAAGUUGUGGAAGGCAAAAAACCGAAGAAAGUAACAAAGAAGAAAAUUAUAAAACGUAGAGGCCAAACACAGCAAGUAACGGAAGAAAUAACUGUCGAGGAGAAAGGAAAAUCUCCUGUGACAACGAUUACAGAGGGACCUGUAGAAGAAAUUGUUGAUGAAACAGUUUUACCUUUACCGCAACCUGAAUUUGCGAAACCUGUCGAAGAAGAGGAGAUAAGAGAGCAAGUCACAGUGGAAGUUGUGGAAGGCAAAAAACCGAAGAAAGUAACAAAGAAGAAAAUUAUAAAACGUAGAGGCCAAACACAGCAAGUAACGGAAGAAAUAACUGUCGAGGAGAAAGGAAAAUCUCCUGUGACAACGAUUACAGAGGGACCUGUAGAAGAAAUUGUUGAUGAAACAGUUUUGCCUUUACCGCAACCUGAAUUUGCGAAACCUGUCGAAGAAGAGGAGAUAAGAGAGCAAGUCACAGUGGAAGUUGUGGAAGGCAAAAAACCGAAGAAAAUAAUAAAAAAGAAAAUUAUAAAACGUAGAGGCCGAACACAGCAAGUAACGGAAGAAAGUAACUGUCGAGAGAAAGGAAAAUCUCCUGUGACAACGAUUACAGAGGGACCAGUAGAAGAAAUUGUUGAAGAAACAAUUUUGCCUUUACCGCAACCUGAAUUUGCGAAACCUGUCGAAGAAGAGGAGAUAAGAGAGCAAGUCACAGUGGAAGUUGUGGAAGGCAAAAAACCGAAGAAAAUAAUAAAAAAGAAAAUUAUAAAACGUAAAGGAAAGAAGCAACAAGUAACCGAAGAAGUUACUGUCGAAGAGAAAGGAAAAUCUCCUGUGACAACGAUUACAGAGGGACCAGUAGAAGAAAUUGUUGAAGAAACAAUUUUGCCUUUACCGCAACCUGAAUUUGCGAAACCUGUCGAAGAAGAGGAGAUAAGAGAGCAAGUCACAGUGGAAGUUGUGGAAGGCAAAAAACCGAAGAAAAUAAUAAAAAAGAAAAUUAUAAAACGUAAAGGAAAGAAGCAACAAGUAACCGAAGAAGUUACUGUCGAAGAGAAAGGAAAAUCUCCUGUGACAACGAUUACAGAGGGACCAGUAGAAGAAAUUGUUGAAGAGACAAUUUUGCCUUUACCGCAACCUGAAUUUGCGAAACCUGUCGAAGAAGAGGAGAUAAGAGAGCAAGUCACAGUAACGGAAGAAGUUGUGGAAGGCAAAAAACCGAAGAAAGUAACAAAGAAAAAAAUUAUAAAACGUAGAGGCCAAACACAGCAAGUAACGGAAGAAAUAACUGUCGAGGAGAAAGGAAAAUCUCCUGUGACAACGAUUACAGAGGGACCUGUAGAAGAAAUUGUUGAAGAAACAGUUUUGCCUUUACCGCAACCUGAAUUUGCGAAACCUGUCGAAGAAGAGGAGAUAAGAGAGCAAGUCACAGUAACGGAAGAAGUUGUGGAAGGCAAAAAACCGAAGAAAAUAAUAAAAAAGAAAAUUAUAAAACGUAAAGGAAAGAAGCAACAAGUAACCGAAGAAGUUACUGUCGAGGAGAAAGGAAAAUCUCCUGUGACAACGAUUACAGAGGGACCAGUAGAAGAAAUUGUUGAAGAGACAAUUUUGCCUUUACCGCAACCUGAAUUUGCGAAACCUGUCGAAGAAGAGGAGAUAAGAGAGCAAGUCACAGUGGAAGUUGUGGAAGGCAAAAAACCGAAGAAAAUAAUAAAAAAGAAAAUUAUAAAACGUAAAGGAAAGAAGCAACAAGUAACCGAAGAAGUUACUGUCGAAGAGAAAGGAAAAUCUCCUGUGACAACGAUUACAGAGGGACCUGUAGAAGAAAUUGUUGAAGAGACAAUUUUGCCUUUACCGCAACCUGAAUUUGCGAAACCUGUCGAAGAAGAGGAGAUAAGAGAGCAAGUCACAGUAACGGAAGAAGUUGUGGAAGGCAAAAAACCGAAGAAAGUAACAAAGAAAAAAAAAGGAAAAUCUCCUGUGACAACGAUUACAGAGGGACCUGUAGAAGAAAUUGUUGAUGAAACAGUUUUAUUUUUACCGCAACCUGAAUUUGCGAAACCUGUCGAAGAAGAGGAGAUAAGAGAGCAAGUCACAGUGGAAGUUGUGGAAGGCAAAAAACCGAAGAAAAUAAUAAAAAAGAAAAUUAUAAAACGUAAAGGAAAGAAGCAACAAGUAACCGAAGAAGUAACUGUCGAAGAGAAAGGAAAAUCUCCUGUGACAACGAUUACAGAGGGACCUGAAGAAGAAAUUGUUGAAGAGACAAUUUUGCCUUUACCACAACCUGAAUUUGCGAAACCUGUCGAAGAAGAGGAGAUAAGAGAGCAAGUCACAGUAGAAGUUGUGGAAGGCAAAAAACCAAAGAAAAUAAUAAAAAAGAAAAUUAUAAAACAAGGAAAGAAGCAACAAGUAACCGAAGAAGUUACUGUCGAAGAGAAAGGAAAAUCUCCUGUGACAACGAUUACAGAGGGACCAGUAGAAGAAAUUGUUGAAGAGACAAUUUUGCCUUUACCGCAACCUGAAUUUGCGAAACCUGUCGAAGAAGAGGAGAUAAGAGAGCAAGUCACAGUAACGGAAGAAGUUGUGAAAGGCAAAAAACCGAAGAAAAUAAUAAAAAGGAAAAUUAUAAAACGUAGAGGAAAGAAGCAACAAGUAACGGAAGAAGUUACUGUCGAAGAAAAAGGAAAAUCUCCUGUGACAACGAUUACAGAGGGACCAGUAGAAGAAAUUGUUGAAGAGACAAUUUUGCCUUUACCACAACCUGAAUUUGCGAAACCUGUCGAAGAAGAGAUAAGAGAGCAAGUCACAGUAACGGAAGAGGUUGUGGAAGGCAAAAAACCAAAGAAAAUAAUAAGAAAGAAAAUUAUAAAACGUAAAGGAAAGAAGCAGCAAGUAACGGAAGAAGUUACUGUCGAAGAGAAAGGAAAAUCUCCUGUGACAACGAUUACAGAGGGACCAGUAGAAGAAAUUGUUGAAGAGACAAUUAUGCCUUUACCGCAACCUGAAUUUGCGAAACCUGUCGAAGAAGAGGAGAUAAGAGAGCAAGUCACAGUAACGGAAGAAGUUGUGGAAGGCAAAAAACCGAAGAAAGUAACAAAGAAAAAAAUUAUAAAACGUAGAGGCCAAACACAGCAAGUAACGGAAGAAAUAACUGUCGAAGAGAAAGGAAAAUCUCCUGUGACAACGAUUACAGAGGGACCUGUAGAAGAAAUUGUUGAUGAAACAAUUUUAUCUUUACCGCAACCUGAAUUUGCGAAACCUGUCGAAGAAGAGGAGAUAAGAGAGCAAGUCACAGUGGAAGUUGUGGAAGGCAAAAAACCGAAGAAAAUAAUAAAAAAGAAAAUUAUAAAACGUAAAGGAAAGAAGCAACAAGUAACCGAAGAAGUUACUGUCGAAGAGAAAGGAAAAUCUCCUGUGACAACGAUUACAGAGGGACCUGAAGAAGAAAUUGUUGAAGAGACAAUUUUGCCUUUAGCACAACCUGAAUUUGCGAAACCUGUCGAAGAAGAGGAGAUAAGAGAGCAAGUCACAGUGGAAGUUGUGGAAGGCAAAAAACCAAAGAAAAUAAUAAAAAAGAAUAUUAUAAAACGUAAAGGAAAGAAGCAACAAGUAACCGAAGAAGUUACUGUCGAAGAGAAAGGAAAAUCUCCUGUGACAACGAUUACAGAGGGACCAGUAGAAGAAAUUGUUGAAGAGACAAUUUUGCCUUCACCGCAACCUGAAUUUGCAAAACCUGUCGAAGAAGAGGAGAUAAGAGAGCAAGUCACAGUAACGGAAGAAGUUGUGGAAGGCAAAAAACCGAAGAAAAUAAUAAAGAAAUGUCGAAGAAGAGGAGAUAAGAGAGCAAAUCACGGUAACGGAAGAGGUUGUGGACGGCAAGAGGCCAAAGAAAAUAAUAAGAAAGAAAUUAUAAAACGUAAAGGAAAGAAGCAGCAAGUAACGGAAGAAGUUACUGUCGAAGAGAAAGGAAAAUCUCCUGUAACAACGAUUACAGAGGGACCAGUAGAAGAAAUUGUUGAAGAGACAGUUAUGCCUUUACCGCAACCUGAAUUUGCGAAACCUGUCGAAGAAGAGGAGAUAAGAGAGCAAGUCACAGUAACGGAAGAAGUUGUGGAAGGCAAAAAACCGAAGAAAGUAACAAAGAAAAAAAUUAUAAAACGUAGAGGCCAAACACAGCAAGUAACGGAAGAAAUAACUGGAGAGAAAGGAAAAUCUCCUGUGACAACGAUUACAGAGGGACCUGUAGAAGAAAUUGUUGAUGAAACAGUUUUAUCUUUACCGCAACCUGAAUUUGCGAAACCUGUCGAAGAAGAGGAGAUAAGAGAGCAAGUCACAGUGGAAGUUGUUGAAGGCAAAAGACCGAAGAAAAUAAUAAAAAAGAAAAUUAUAAAACGUAAAGGAAAGAAGCAACAAGUAACCGAAGAAGUUACUGUCGAAGAGAAAGGAAAAUCUCCUGUGACAACGAUUACAGAGGGACCUGAAGAAGAAAUUGUUGAAGAGACAAUUUUGCCUUUAGCACAACCUGAAUUUGCGAAACCUGUCGAAGAAGAGGAGAUAAGAGAGCAAGUUACAGUAGAAAUUGUGGAAGGCAAAAAACCAAAGAAAAUAAUAAAAAAGAAAAUUAUAAAACGUAAAGGAAAGAAGCAACAAGUAACCGAAGAAGUUACUGUCGAAGAGAAAGGAAAAUCUCCUGUGACAACGAUUACAGAGGGACCAGUAGAAGAAAUUGUUGAAGAGACAGUUAUGCCUUUACCGCAACCUGAAUUUGCGAAACCUGUCGAAGAAGAGGAGAUAAGAGAGCAAGUCACAGUAACGGAAGAAGUUGUGGAAGGCAAAAAACCGAAGAAAGUAACAAAGAAAAAAAUUAUAAAACGUAGAGGCCAAACACAGCAAGUAACGGAAGAAAUAACUGUCGAGGAGAAAGGAAAAUCUCCUGUGACAACGAUUACAGAGGGACCAGUAGAAGAAAUUGUUGAAGAAACAAUUUUGCUUUUACCGCAACCUGAAUUUGCGAAACCCGUCGAAGAAGAUGAGAUCAGAGAGCAAGUCACAGUGGAAAUUGUGGAAGGCAAAAAACCGAAAAAAGGAAAGAAGCAACAAGUAACGGAAGAAGUUACUGUUGAAGAAAAAGGACAGUCUCCUGUGACAAGUAUUACAGAAGGACCAGUAGAAGAAAUUGUUGAAGAGACAAUUUUGCCUUUACCGCAACCUGAAUUUGCGAAACCUGUUGAAGAAGAGGAGAUAAGAGAGCAAGUCACAGUAACGGAAGAAGUUGUGAAAGAGGGACCAGUAGAAGAAAUUGUUGAAGAGACAAUUUUGCCUUUACCGCAACCUGAAUUUGCGAAACCUGUCGAAGAAGAGGAGAUAAGAGAGCAAGUCACAGUAACGGAAGAAGUUGUGGAAGGAAAGAAGCAGCAAGUAACGGAAGAAGUAACUGUCGAGGAGAAAGGAAAAUCUCCUGUGACAACGAUUACAGAGGGACCAGUAGAAGAAAUUGUUGAAGAGACAAUUUUGCCUUUACCGCAACCUGAAUUUGCGAAACCUGUCGAAGAAGAGGAGAUAAGAGAGCAAGUCACAGUGGAAGUUGUGGAAGGCAAAAAACCGAAGAAAAUAAUAAAAAAGAAAAUUAUAAAACGUAAAGGAAAGAAGCAACAAGUAACCGAAGAAGUUACUGUCGAAGAGAAAGGAAAAUCUCCUGUGACAACGAUUACAGAGGGACCAGUAGAAGAAAUUGUUGAAGAGACAGUUUUGCCUUUACCGCAACCUGAAUUUGCGAAACCUGUCGAAGAAGAGGAGAUAAGAGAGCAAGUCACAGUAACGGAAGAAGUUGUGGAAGGCAAAAAACCGAAGAAAAAUAAAGAAAAAAUUAUAAAACGUAAGGAAACACAGCAAGUAACGGAAGAAAUUACUGUCGAGGAGAAAGGAAAAUCUCCUGUGACAACGAUUACAGAGGGACCAGUAGAAGAAAUUGUUGAAGAAACAGUUUUGCCUUUACCGCAACCUGAAUUUGCGAAACCUGUCGAAGAAGAGGAGAUAAGAGAGCAAGUCACAGUGGAAGUUGUUGAAGGCAAAAAACCGAAGAAAAAAAUUAUAAAACGUAAAGGAAAGAAGCAACAAGUAACCGAAGAAGUAACUGUCGAAGAGAAAGGAAAAUCUCCUGUGACGAGUAUUACAGAAGGACCAGUAGAAGAAAUUGUUGAAGAGACAAUUUUGCCUUUACCACAAAUUGAAUUUGCGAAACCUGUUGAGGAGGAGAUAAGAGAGCAAAUCACGGUAACGGAAGAGGUUGUGGACGGCAAGAGGCCAAAGAAAAUAAUAAGAAAGAAAAUUAUAAAACGUAAAGGAAAGAAGCAGCAAGUAACGGAAGAAGUAAUUGUCGAGGAGAAAGGAAAAUCUCCUGUAACAACGAUUACAGAGGGACCUGUAGAAGAAAUUGUUGAAGAGGCUGUAUUGCCUUUACUACAACUUAAAUUUGCGAUUCUUUGUGAUGAGGAUGUAAUAAUUCAUAUUUCUGAUACUGAAGGGAAAGACACAUGUUAUCUUUACGCUGACACUACACCGGAAAUACACGAAAAAUUAAAACAUACAAGAAUGACUAAACAUAUAGAUAGUAAAGAAUUAUUGGAAGAUGCUGUAGAGAGAAGAUUGUAUCAGCAACCUGAAGCUAUAUAUGAAAUUCCUGAAAAUAUCAUGAAAGAAAUAGUGACGGAAACAACAGAAAAUGAAGGAACUCUUUUGCUGGAUGAAGAAUCUGUGAAAGUUUUGAGAGUAGAUGUCAAAGAUGUACCAGAAGAUAAAGAAAGAAUAUCUAAAACAAUUAAGAAGAAAAAGCACUUAACCAAAGCUGAAGAUGUUUUGGGAGAAGCUGUAGAAGAUAUUGUAAUGGACAGACCAAAGAAAGAAAAGGCUAAAACUGUCAUUGAAGAAAUACAAGAAACAGUUGAUGUCACAGAAGUUAAUAUACAUAAAGCAGCAGUUAAAAUGCCAGAGAAAAAGAUGGCUGAAGCGAUGGUUGAAACGCCAAAAAAGAAAAUUGUUAAAAGAAAAAAGGCAGAAACUUAUGAUGAUAAUGUACCGGAAGAAAUUGUUGAAGAAAUUGUUAUAGAAAAACCUAAAGAAGAACAAGCUCGAACUAUGUUUUCUCCAAGAGAAAGUAUUGAAAUAACGCAGAUCUUAACUGAAUCAUCCAUUACCAAACUCACAGAAGAUAAAGCUAAACUAAAAGAAGUUGUAGUAUGCAAAGAUGAAGAAGAAAAAGAUGUUUUAAAGAAAGUUUUAAAAGUAGAAACAAGCACAAUUCCUAUUCAGGAAGAAGUUACUGUCGAGAUUACUAAAGAAAUAAUAAGUGAAAAACCAAUGGAAGAACAAAUACAAUCGAUUAUUAUACCAAAAGAAGAACUCAGAGUAAUUGAAAAAAUUUCGACCACAACCACUGAGAAACUUUCUGAAAAAAUAGAACCGGAAGAAACAGCGGUACCAAUUGAGAGUGCAGAAUCACAAAUCAAAAUAAAAGAAAUUGCUGUAAAGAAAGCCCCUAAAAAGAUUAAACCAAGACAUGCAACUGAGCAACAAAUCAAAGAAGAAAUAGUUGAAGACAUUAUUUCAGAAAAACCAAUAGAGAAAGAAGCAGAAAAAGUAAUAAUUUCAAAUGAAGAGGUAGAGACUACCGAAAUUGUUUCUGGUAUAGCAACUAGCACACUUGAUACAUACGAAAGACCGCAAGAAGAGCAAGCUAUACCUAUAGAAGAGACAAGAAAAGAUAUAAUAUUAACAGAAGUACCUGUAAAAAAGGCACCUCUUUUGACAAAAGCCAUGGAAAUAAAAGAAGAUCAACCGGAUGAAACAUUAGAAGAAAUAAAAUUGAAAGAACCUAAGAAAGAAAAGGCUAAGAAGAAUGUAAUUUUACAGGAGAGUAUCGACAUUUCGGAAGUAACGAUUGAAACUGUACCUGACGAACUCACCGUAGAAAGAACAUCUGAAAAGAAAGCAAAACCAAGUGUUGUGCCGAUUGAAAGUAUCGAAAUUACUAAAGCUACUGAGAAAUUAGCAGAAGAAAUAAUACCAACGAAACCUAAAAAAGAAGAAACAAAAGUAGAUAAAAUUGUGAAUAUAACGCCAGAGAUUCCUGAAUAUAAAAUUAAAGAUAUUUCAGAAGAGAAACAACCUAAAGAUAAAUUCGAAAAAGAGACAACGGAGCCCGUAGAAAUAAAAGAAGUUAAACAAUUAGACGAAAAAAUUGUUUCUAUUGAAAAAGAAGAAUCUAUAGAACCUGAAAUUAUUGAAAAAGUGAAAGAAAAGAAAGUUAUCAAGAAAAAGAAAAAGAAACCUGUAAAAAAAGAUGAUAUAGACGAUUGGGUAGAACCUGAAUAUGAAAGACCUGUAUUAGAACCAAUGCCCGAAAAAAUUCAGUGGGAGCCAACAAAAAAGAAGAAAGAAAAGGAAACAUUACCUGAACCUGUGCAAAAAUUGGUUCCGCAAAAGAUUGAAAGAAAAGAAAUCAAACCUACAAAAUUAAAAUAUAUUGAACAAGCCCAAGAACCAGUUCAGUUCGGUACAAUUAAAUUGAAAAAAGUAACAGUGGUUAAGAAAAAAGAAAUUAGCGAACCAAUAUUUCCUAAAAUCAUGUUACGUAGCCGAAUCACAUUCGUGGGUGACUAUCCGCCAGAAAUACAAGUGCCAAAAAUUACAUAUAUAGAAAAGAAUACGGUACAAACUGGCAUUUUAUCUAGAAAUACAGAAGAAGCUUUACAAGUUUUAAAGAAAAAAUAUAAAAAACCGAAAAUAAUAGAGAAAGAAUUAACUGAAUUAGAAAAAUUAGAUCAAGAAUUUGAAGAAUUGAAGAAAGUACCGCUAGAAAAAAUAGAGGAUAAAUCUAUUUACGAACGAACACCUAAAAAGCCGGAAAAAACACCUGAAGAACCACAAAAACUUAUUAUUGGAAAAGGUGAAAUAAAACAAGAACCUAAAUCUGUGCCAGAAGAAGUUAAGUUAAAAAAAAUACCUGAAAAGAAACCAGAAGAAUUAAUAGAAACUAAAGAGAAAUCUAAAAAGAAAGAAUCCAUAGAAGAUGUACAACAGGAAAAAGACGAAAAACCUAAAGAAACGUUUGCAUAUGAUGAAUUCAAACCAUUAGAAUUUGAUAGACCAGAAAUUGAAAAAUAUGUACCUGAAGAUAUCGAAAUAACCAAGAAACCAGAACCAGAACCUAUUUCAAAACCAUAUGAAAGACCUAAGAAAAAGCAACCUGAGCAAGAUGUUGAACAGAUUCCAUUAAUAAAGGGCAUACCAAAGCCACAAGAGCCCGAAGAAGAACCCAAAGUCAAGUUUCGAAUACCAACCUCAGAAAAACCGGAUGAUGAGCCUGAAACAAUAACUUUGAAAGGCUGGAAGAAAGAUAAACCUGAAGAAGAGGGUAAAGAAGAAUAUCCAAUCAAGAAAGCAGAUGUCAUUUCAGCAACACCCAAAGAAGAUACUGAAGAAGUCACACUAAAAAAGAAACCAAAGAAAAAACCCGUCACGGAGGAAACUGCUGCCGAAAUUACUGUCAAGAAAUCAGUUCCGAAGGAAGAAGAACAUGUACCAGAAGAAGUUUCCGAGAAAGUGGAAAUAAAGAAACCUAAAAAAGAGAGAGUUAAAGAAGAAAUUUCGGAUGAAGUGAUAAUUAAGAAACCAGUUGUUGAAGAAAGAAAAGAUGAAGAAAAAAUUUCUGAAGAAGUCACGCUAAAAAAGAAACCAAAGAAAAAACCUGUUACAGAGGAAACUGCUACCGAAAACUGUAAAAAACCUGUUUUGAAAGAAGAAGAACACGCACCAGAAGAAGUCUCUGAGAAAGUGGAAAUAAAGAAACCUAAAAAAGAGCCGGUUAAAGAGGAAAUUGCGGAUGAAGUGACAAUUAAGAAACCAAUCGUUGAAGAAAGAAAAGAUGAAGAAGAAAAAAUUUCUGAAGAAGUCACGCUAAAAAGGAAACCAAAGAAAAAACCUGUUACAGAGGAAACUGCUACCGAAAUUACUGUAAAGAAACCUGUUUUGAAAGAAGAAGAACACGCACCAGAAGAAGUUUCUGAGAAAGUGGAAAUAAAGAAACCUGAAAAAGAGCCGGUUAAAGAGGAAUUUGCGGAUGAAGUGACAAUUAAGAAACCAAUCGUUGAAGAAAGAAAAGAUGAAGAAGAAAAAAUUUCUGAAGAAGUCACGCUAAAAAGGAAACCAAAGAAAAAACCUGUUACAGAGGAAACUGCUACCGAAAUUACUGUAAAGAAACCUGUUUUGAAAGAAGAAGAACACGCACCAGAAGAAGUUUCUGAGAAAGUGGAAAUAAAGAAACCUGAAAAAGAGCCGGUUAAAGAGGAAUUUGCGGAUGAAGUGACAAUUAAGAAACCAAUCGUUGAAGAAAGAAAAGAUGAAGAAGAAAAAAUUUCUGAAGAAGUCACGCUAAAAAGGAAACCAAAGAAAAAACCUGUUACAGAGGAAACUGCUACCGAAAUUACUGUAAAGAAACCUGUUUUGAAAGAAGAAGAACACGCACCAGAAGAAGUCUCUGAGAAAGUGGAAAUAAAGAAACCUAAAAAAGAGCCAGUUAAAGAGGAAAUUGCGGAUGAAGUGACAAUUAAGAAACCAAUCGUUGAAGAAAGAAAAGAUGAGAAAAAAAUUACUGAAGAAGUCACGCUAAAAAGGAAACCAAAGAAAAAACCCGUCACAGAGGAAUCUGCUGCCGAAAUCACUGUAAAGAAACCUGUUUUGAAAGAAGAAGAACACGCACCAAAAGAAGUUUCUGAGAAAGUGGAAAUAAAGAAACCUGAAAAAGAGCCGGUUAAAGAGGAAUUUGCGGAUGAAGUGACAAUUAAGAAACCAAUCGUUGAAGAAAGAAAAGAUGAAGAAGAAAAAAUUUCUGAAGAAGUCACGCUAAAAAGGAAACCAAAGAAAAAACCUGUUACAGAGGAAACUGCUACCGAAAUUACUGUAAAGAAACCUGUUUUGAAAGAAGAAGAACACGCACCAGAAGAAGUUUCUGAGAAAGUGGAAAUAAAGAAACCUGAAAAAGAGCCGGUUAAAGAGGAAUUUGCGGAUGAAGUGACAAUUAAGAAACCAAUCGUUGAAGAAAGAAAAGAUGAAGAAGAAAUUACUGAAGAAGUCACGCUAAAAAGGAAACCAAAGAAAAAACCCGUCACAGAGGAAUCUGCUGCCGAAAUCACUGUAAAGAAACCUGUUUUGAAAGAAGAAGAACACGCACCAAAAGAAAUUUCUGAGAAAGUGGAAAUAAAGAAACCUAAAAAAGAGCCUGUUAGAGAGGAAUUUGCGGAUGAAAUGACAAUUAAGAAACCAAUUGUUGAAGAAAGAAAAGACGAUGAAGAAACAAUUAUUGAAGAAGUCACGUUAAAAAAGAAAUCAAAGAAAAAACCUGUCACGGAAGAAACUGCUGCCGAAAUUACUGUAAAAAAACCUGUUUCUAAAAAAAAAGAACACGUAGCAGAAGAAGUUUCUGAGAAAGUGGAAAUAAAGAAACCUAAAAAAGAACCUGUUAAGGAGGAAGUUACGGAUGAAAUGACGAUUAAGAAACCUAUUAUAGAAAAGAAGACGGAAGACAUUGUUGAAGAAGUUACUUUUAAACCAAAACUAAGAAGAAAGACUACCGAAACAGAAGAAGUAUCAGAAAAAAUAACUAUUGCCAAGCCUAUAGAGGAAAAGCAAAAACAAGAAGAAAUUACGGAUACAUCGACGGAUAUAAUAUUAAAGAAAAAGAAACCAGUGCCAACAAGUGAAGAAGUGACUGUGGAAGAAUUAACUAUUAAAAAAUUCGAAAAGGUAGAAGAAGAACCUAAGGAAGUAAUUGAAGAAUUUACAUUAAAACGUAAACCACCAAAGAAAACACCAAAACCAAUUGAAGAAAUUUAUGAAGAUAUUACUUUACGUAAAUUGCGACCAAAGAGAAAGCCUAGACCCGAUAUCAAGGAAGUUACUGAAGUAGAAAAUGUGACGUUUAGACCACGCUCUACAAAAACAAAAGAAGAUGUGGAACAGGAGUUUAAAAUAUCAUUAAAUACAUACGAAGAAGAAGAUAUUUCUAUGUCCGGUAAGGUUCGUCUAAAGCCCAAGAAACGUCCGCUUACUUAUUCUGAAGAAACUGGAGAAGAAACAAUCAAAAUUAUUCAAGAAAUUGAAGAUGAUUCUGGACCAGUCAUAGAAGAGAUUAUUGAUGAAUCGGAAGAGGAAGGUAAAGAAGGUUAUAGCAUCGAAGAGCUUGACAUUGACGAAAUGAGUAUACCGCUGAGACGAAAGAAAAAGAAACAAAAAGCUCCGUAUAGUGUAGAAGAAAUUGAAGAUGAUGUCAAAGUACAGUUAAAACGUGAUAGGAAAUAUUCAUAUGAGGAAACCGAUGUUGAAUCUUUGGCGCUGAAAUUGAAGAGCAAAAGACGCAUUUCCACGUACGAAGAAGAAGAAGCUUCUCUCAGUAUUACUAAAGAGGAAGAAAUCGAAGAAGUUGACGAAGUCGAAUAUGUUGUUCGUGACGGUGAUACAAUGUUCUCAAUUUGUUCUUAUGUGGCUGAAACAGAAGAAGCUAUAAACUUGGUCGAAGGAGAAAAAGUUUAUAUUAUCGAUCAUACCAAUCAGGAUUGGUGGUUUGUAAAGAAACAUUUGACCGAAGAGAAGGGCUGGGUACCGGCGCAAUAUUUAUUGGACGAAGUGCAUUAUACUAUUUACUUACAACGAAAAUUGCAUGAAAAGAUUGAUAGAUUGCCAAUCUUUGAAAAACCAGCUCCAGGAGAAAAAGCCUCAGCACCAAAGUUUAUCGAAAAAUUGCAACCAAUUCACACACUAGAUGGUUACACUGUUCAAUUCGAAUGUCAAGUGGAAGGUGUACCGAGACCACAAAUAACUUGGUUCCGUCAAACGGCUAUUAUCAAACCAUCUGUUGAUUUUCAAAUAUAUUACGAUGAAGAUAAUGUUGCUACCUUGAUAAUCAGAGAAGUAUUUCCUGAAGAUGCCGGUACUUUUACAUGUGUUGCCAAAAAUGCUGCAGGAUUUGCAUCUAGCACCACUGAACUUAUCGUUGAGGCUCCUUUGUCGGAUCAUGGAUCUGAUAUUACCGGUUUGUCGAGGAAAAGCCUUUCGAGAGAAUCAUCUCUUGCGGAUAUAUUGGAGGGUAUACCACCUACAUUCUCUCGAAAACCAAAAGCGAAGUACGUGAACGAAGGUGAUGAUGUGAUACUGGAAUGUCGAUUGGUCGCCGUACCAGAGCCAGAAAUAAUAUGGUACUAUAAAGAUACCCAGGUAGUUAGCCAACAAAACAUCGUAGUCGCAACCGAAAGCGACAUGCAUAUGUACUGCAGUGUCGUAAAAAUCACCAAAAUUAAAAAAAAACAAGAAGGAAGAUAUAAAAUUGUCGCUAAGAAUAGAGAAGGCGAAGCUACUAUCGAUAUUCCCGUGAAAGUAAAAACUGGAAAGAGUGAACCGCCCGAAAUUUUGGAACCUUUGCAAUCCUACAUUGUUAAAGAAGGCGAAACAGUUGUUUUAUCAACUCAAAUAGUUGGUAAUCCAUCACCAAAAAUAACAUGGUAUAAAGAUGGAAAACCGAUAAAGGAUAUGCAAUCAAAACAGGAUGGACACGUCAAUACAUUGAAUUUGAUUCAGCCUCAACUAGCAGAUAGUGGGGAAUAUUUAGUCAUAGCUGUCAACGAUGUGGGCAAAGCCGAGACUCGAGCUGUAUUGACUGUUGAGAAAGUCCCGAGCGGCGCACCAGAACCUCCCUUGUUUACUGAACGUUUCCAAGAAGUGGUUGUUCCUGAAAAAGAGACCUUUAAGUUAGCUGCCAAAGUAACUGGAAAUCCUGUCCCGGAAGUUACGUGGCUCAGAAAUAACAAACCAUUUGAGAAAUCGGCCAAUAUCAUGGAAAGCUACGAUGGUGAAAACAUCCUACUCGAAAUUAAAAACGCAGAUUCCGAAAUUGAUGCCGGAGAUUAUAAAUGUGUCGCCAGUAAUCCGGUCGGAAAAGCUUCGCAUGGUGCAAAAGUGACGGUAGACGUUGCUAAAGUCUCUUUCACAAGAAAAUUGCAAAAUGAAGUCACUGUCGAUGAAUACAAAACUUUAGAACUGUGUUGCGAAACAUCGCACACUGUCUCCACGGUGUGGUGGCACAAUGACAAGGAGAUAAGCGGAAUGGAUCAUCGCGAGGUGAUUCAAGAAGGACGUGUACAUAGGUUGUUGAUUAAGAAGAGUAGCCUUUCCGAUGCAGGCACGUACAAAUGUACUGUCAAGAAUCAGAUAACGUCCAGCAACGUUAUCGUUCGAGCCACCAAACCAGAAUUUGUCAAGAAAUUGCAGGACUUUGAAGUGAAAGAGCGGGACGUAGCGAUUUUGGAAGUUGAAAUCACGUCUCAAACAGCCGAUGUUACGUGGCGAAAAGAAGGCGAAUUAUUAACACCGAUCAAAGGAAAAUUAGAAUUUGUAAAAGACGGUACUGUGCGAAAACUACUCAUCAGAAGCGCAUCAGUUCAUGAUGAAGGUGAAUACACGUGCGCCCUCCCGGAUCAAGAAUGUACGGCAGAAGUUACGGUCGUUGAAUUGCCACCGGAAAUUAUUACCAAGAUGCAGGACAUAACUAUAGCCAGAGGAGAGAAAGCGACCUUUGACAUAGAAUUGACGAAAGGUGACGCUUUGAUACGCUGGUUCAAAGACGGUCAAGAGUUGCAAUUUUCCGAGCACGUGCGAUUGUCGAUCGAUGGCAAAAAGCAAAAACUGAAGAUUUACGACACGGAAAUGGAAGAUGCGGGAACCUAUUCUUGUCAAGUUGGCGAUCAAACUUCGUCAGCUAAAUUGACGGUUGAAGAACCCGAAGUAGAUUUUAUUAAAAAAUUGCCUGACGUUACUCUAGUGCCUUUCAACACUGAUGCAACUUUCUUGAUUGAAUUAUCGCGUGCCGAUGUAUCAGUAGUAUGGUUAAAGAAAAAUGAGGUGAUUGAUUGCACACAAUCUGCAAAAUAUCAGAUUAUUGAUGAAGGAAAUAUUAAGAAACUUAUUGUUAAAAAAUGCACGACCGAAGAUAUCGCUGAAUAUACUGCCGUAGUUGCAAAUGUGAAAACAUCAUCCAAAUUAAAAGUUGAAGUUAUUGAAACGCCGCCUAAAAUUAAUCCCGAUACGCCUAGAAAAUACAAAACAAUGAAAGAUGAUAAUAUUGAUGUUAUCGUGAAAUUCACGGCUACGCCAACUCCAGUCGAUGAAUGGACCGUCAAUGGUCGCGUUCUUAAAAAAUCCAAACGAAUCGUCACAUCCAUUGACGAAUGCUCAGCCGUCUUGACAAUUACAGAGGUACAAGAGAAAGAUUUCGGUGAUUAUAAUUUAAAAUUAACUAAUUCUCAUGGGGAAGAUAGUAUAGAAAUCAACAUCAUCGUCGUGCAGGUACCUGGAGCACCAGGAAUUCCAGAACCUCUCGAAGUAACUGACAACAGUGUUACUCUUCACUGGAAGAAACCAGAUUUCGACGGAUACUCCCCGAUCGUGGAAUACAUUUUAGAAUAUCGCGAAAGGACGGAAUCUUCAUGGAGCAGAAUUAACGAGACAAUAAGUGAAACUACGUACAAGCUAACGAACUUGACCGUUGACAAGGAAUACACCUUCCGUGUAACAGCAGUCAAUGAAGCCGGAUCGGGCGAACCAUCGCCGAAUAUGCCAUAUCUAAGAAUUUCAAAGUUAUCGGCGUCUGAACCGCCGACUAUCCUGGAAGCACUCAAGAGUAUCGUGAUCGGAUUAGGAGAGACUGUCACACUUUCUUGUGUAAUUGGUGGUAUACCGACACCACGUAUUACAUGGUUAAAGGAUGAUAAAACUUUCGAGGACAGCGACAUUGUAUAUGAAAACCGCAUGGCCAAGUACACGAUUCAAAAAACGACGGAGACGUCAUCGGCCACAUUCACGGUUAAAGCGCAGAAUGAUGCGGGAACGGCGGAAACAUCAUGUCAAUUGAAGAUUCAAGAAUCUCCGAAGAUCAUUUGCGAUGAAAAUGCAACUAAUCAAAGAUUAACAGUAGGCGACAAAUGGAAGGUCGAAAUUCACUUCAGCGGUUUCCCAAAACCGAAAGUGACGUGGUCAAUAAACGAUAAAACAAUAACUGAUAAACGCAUUUCCAUCAAGACUGAGGAAGCUACAUCCAUUAUUACGAUUCCUUCUCUCGUCAGAGAUGAUACGACUGUCUAUACAGUGAAAGCGACAAACGAAGCCGGUAGCUCAUCAUUAGAAUGUCAUCUCCAUGUCAUAGACAAGCCGAGCAAACCUCAGGGGCCAGUUAUUGCGAAAGAAAUCAGACAAGAUCGCGUUACUAUAGAAUGGCGACCGCCAGUCGACGACGGUGGCGUAGAACUAGAAAGAUAUACUAUUGAAAAAUGUGAAGCGAGUACGAAAGUUUGGACAAAAGUUGGUGAUGUAGAUAAAGAAGUCGAAAACUUCUGCGCACAGAAAUUGCAGCAAGAUGUCGACUAUCUGUUUAGAAUAGUCGCUAGAAACGCAGUUGGAGCUUCAGAUCCUUUGGAAUCCGAGCCAAUUAGAACCAGGACUUCAUUCGAACCACCGGGUCCGCCAAGAGGACCAUUAGAAGUUUCUGGAAUGACGAAAACAUCGUUCACGAUAAAAUGGGAACCUCCGGAGAACGACGGCGGUACACCUAUCACAGAUUAUAUUGUCGAAAUAAAAGAGGUAUCGAAGAAAGCUUGGCGAAGGAUUGCAAUCACAAAAGGAGAAGUCACAAAUGUUAUUAUAUCUGAUUUGAAAACGGAUAUAUCCUACAAUUUCCGAAUAACAGCUAAAAACAGCGUCGGCACCAGCCCUCCAUAUGUAGCAGAAGAAGCGAUUACGGCCGGCAAACGACCAACACCACCUUCAUGCCCUCUAAAUGUCCGAGCAAUCAAUGUCACGAGCAAAAGUGUUACUCUCACUUGGUCGCCACCGGCUAGCACAGGAGGAUCAGAAUUGACAGGCUAUAUAAUCGAGAAGAGGCCAUUAAUUGGAAAAGGUGCCCGAUGGACAAAGGUUGUCACUUUGGACGCUACAACGAAUCAAUACUGCAUAGAGAACUUAAAAGAAAGCGAAUUUCUCUUUAGAAUCUUUGCUGAAAAUAGCAUAGGACUUAGUGUACCGACCAAUUCCGAGCCAGUCACACUGAAAACUCAUGCCAACGUUCCAUCUCCGCCUACCGCUCCGUUAGAGAUGAGGCAAAUAGCAGCGAACACGAUGGUAAUCGAAUGGGGCAGACCUGAAUCGGACGGUGGUGCACCUUUGGAAGGUUAUAAGAUCGCUAUUAGAGACGCGAAAAAGACCAUGUGGAUGGAAGUUGGAAGAGUGAGCGCAGACGUCCAGAAACUGAACAUUCGUGAUCUGCAAGAGAAUCGCGAUUACCUCGUGAGAAUUUUUGCACGAAACGAGAUCGGAUUUAGCGAUCAUUUGGAAUCGGAAGAACCUUUCAAGAUCGUGCCGACCUCAGAAUUGUCAUUUGAGGAACCCGUCGCUGAAGCUUUGGACAAGGGUGAAACCGCAUCGAUCAGCUUUAGCACGGAAAACACGAGUUCGUGGUUGCGGGAACAUAAUAUGGACGCCGAUAUACAUUCAUACGCAAGGGCAAGAUUACUUAGAAAAGACGAGUACUUUUUCCGCAUUUGGCACUAUGCUAAACAGCUAUUUGAAUAAGCAUUUGUAUAUGUAUAUAUAAUUCUGAACAUUUAUUUAUCUCAUAGCCGUACUCUUGUAACGGAUGUAAUUGGUCUUUUUGCAUAUUCAAUUUUGUUCUAUCCUUUACUUGAAAAAAUUAAUAACAAAUCCGUCUAUGUCUAACUGUCAGCGCAACAACGACAGUGCCAUUGAUUGAGUUCCUCUAUAAAACCAAGUUGCAAUUAGAAAUUAAGACUCAUACAAGAGACUGGGCGAGUGCUUAUAGAGUGCUAAUCUAGUCAAGAUAUAAAGAGUAAUCUUCCUUUUAAUAUCAGAAUACUCAGGAAAUGUAUUAAAUAUUGCACGAGUUAUUUGCUUUUUAUCUUAAUGUUUCAUCGCUCUAAGUAAAAUUUAUCAAUUUUUACACUCGUGCAUUCGAGUUCAGAAAUCUCAUAUUUUGUAGAUUAACAAAGAUCUGUUAACUCGACAUUAUUAAAAUUUUAUCUAUGGCUAACGAGACAGACAACGAAGCGUACCUCCAUAUUUAAAAGUCUCCAGAACUUGGCAUUCUACAUCUAAUGAUGUACUUAUAAUAAUUACGUAACUACGUAAUGUUCGUUUCUACUUGUAAAGCAAAGCCACAAUUUACGAUGGUUACUUUAGUAUUUAUUCUUCAAGUAUAUAUAGUUUCAAGCA